CCAGGAGGCAACCAAAUCCACACAACCAGCGGCCCCAGAACGGCCACUCCCUCCCUCCCCUCAUCCUCACCGCGCGCGCGUCUCGUCCUCGCCACCGGGCAGCGCGGCAAUGCAGACCCUCCAUGCCGCGCCGGCCUCCUUCCUCGCGCCUCCCGCUCCCCACCUCCUUCCCCCAACCCCACCAGCCCCAAGAGCCACUCUGUUAGCAAAGGCUCCUGCUCCUGCCACCGUCGCCAGCCGGACGCGCGCCUGGUUCCACUCGACGCCGCGCGCGAGCCGGCGCCGGCAGUGCGCGAGGGCUGCUUCGUCCGGUGCUGGUGCGACAGUGGCCUCGGUGGAUGAUUCCAAGAAGGAUGUGCUCAUAGCACUCUCCCAAAUUAUCGAUCCUGAUUUCGGCACGGACAUCGUCUCAUGUGGAUUUGUCAAGGAUUUGGAGAUCAGUGAGACCUUGGAAGAGGUCUCAUUCCGUCUGGAGCUGACGACUCCCGCGUGUCCAAUCAAAGAUGAGUUCGAAAAAAAGGCAAACGAGGUUGUUGCAGCACUUCCAUGGGUCAAGAAGGUGAACGUUACAAUGUCUGCGCAACCUGCACAGCCAGUAUACGCAGGGGAGCUUCCAGAAGGACUACAGAAGAUUUCAAACAUCAUAGCGGUUUCAAGCUGCAAGGGAGGAGUCGGUAAAUCUACAGUUGCUGUAAAUCUCGCAUAUACACUAGCUGGAAUGGGGGCUAGGGUUGGAAUUUUUGAUGCUGAUGUCUUCGGUCCAAGCUUACCAACUAUGGUUUCUCCUGAGAACCGGUUGCUAGUGAUGAACCCAGAAAGCAGAACUAUUCUUCCAACUGAGUAUUUGGGCGUCAAAAUGGUGUCUUUUGGCUUUGCUGGACAAGGAAGAGCAAUCAUGCGAGGUCCAAUGGUUUCAGGAGUCAUUAAUCAGUUGCUGACCACUACUGAAUGGGGCGAACUUGACUACCUUGUCAUCGACAUGCCUCCUGGAACAGGCGAUAUACAUUUAACUCUGUGUCAGGUAGCUCCAUUGACUGCAGCCGUGAUUGUUACCACCCCUCAGAAAUUGGCUUUCAUUGAUGUUGCAAAGGGAGUAAGGAUGUUUUCUAAGCUGAAGGUUCCAUGUGUUGCAGUUGUUGAGAACAUGUGCUACUUUGAUGCUGAUGGAAAGCGUUAUUACCCAUUUGGACAAGGUUCUGGAUCUCAGGUCGUGCAACAGUUCGGAAUACCUCACCUCUUUGAUUUACCAAUACGGCCAACUCUUUCAGCUUCUGGAGAUACUGGAAUUCCUGAAGUAGUGGCUGAUCCCCAAGGAGAUGUUGCCAAGACAUUUCAGAAUCUUGGAGUCUGUGUUGUUCAACAAUGCGCUAAAAUUAGGCAACAAGUUUCAACAGCAGUGUCCUACGAUAGAUCAAUUAGAGCAAUAAGAGUGAAAGUUCCAGAUUCAGAUGAAGAGUUCUUGUUGCAUCCAGCAACAGUAAGACGGAAUGAUCGAUCUGCUCAAAGUGUGGAUGAAUGGACAGGAGAGCAGAAAGUACAGUAUGGCGAUAUACCAGAAGACAUUGAGCCUGAAGAGAUUAGGCCGAUGGGCAACUACGCAGUUUCUAUAACUUGGCCUGAUGGAUUCAGUCAGAUAGCACCUUAUGAUCAAUUGGAAAUGCUCGAGCGGUUAGUGGAUCUUCCUCGUGCAGCAACACCUGCAGUGGCGUCUUCAUGAUACAGUAGAGAUAAUAUUCAGUUAUCAAGGAACAAGGAAAUAAACUUUUGAUAUAAUUAGCAAGGUGGCGUACGCUAAUAGCGUGGCUAGCCUCGAUGCAAUAUUUUGUUACGAUAAUCUUUUAUUAAAAAUUAGUGUCUUUAAUUUUUUAUAA